UCUCUUAUUGGUCGAGCGGCUUACACAGCCGAAGAUGUAGUUUCGUCUCAGCGAGAUGUAAAAAUGGUCUGUAAUGUUUCAUUAGCACUUUAGUGCACGUAGUUUUUACUUAAUGUGACGUUUUUCGAGCCUGGAUUGUGAAGGGAAAACGAUGUCGGACGCUGAAGGUGCUCGUAGUUCAGACCAACUGAAUAAAUUCGAGAAACUGACAGGCAGGCCGCCGCACGGGUUAGCAGGUCAUCGUACUCCCCCUGCUCGCAGUGGGCACCGCUGUGUCGCCGACAAUGCCAACUUGUACGUAUUUGGAGGGUACAACCCUGACUACGAUGAGUCACGCGGCUCAGAGAAUGAAGACUAUCCUCUGUUCAGGGAGCUUUGGAGGUUUAACUUCGCCACCAGCUGCUGGCAGCAGAUUCAAACAGAGGGCUACAUGCCGACAGAGCUGGCAUCGAUGUCAGCUGUUUUGCAUGGCAACAAUCUCCUGGUGUUUGGCGGUACUGGAAUCCCAUUUGGGGAAAAUAAUGGCAAUGAUGUUCACGUUUGUAAUGUAAAAUACAAGCGAUGGUCACUACUCAACUGUCGGGGGAAGAAGCCCAACAGAAUCUAUGGACAGGCCAUGGUCAUCAUAAAUGGCUUCCUGUAUGUUUUUGGCGGGACGACGGGAUAUAUCUACAGCACAGAUCUGCACAGGCUGGACCUGAACACCAGGGAGUGGAUCCACCUCAAACCCAACAACCCUCCCGAUGACCUGCCCGAGGAACGGUACAGGCACGAAAUAGCACACGAUGGACAGAGGAUCUACAUUCUUGGAGGAGGAACGUCUUGGACGUCUUAUCCGCUGCACAAGAUUCAUGCUUACAAUCUGGAGACUAAUUCCUGGGAGGAGAUUACAACUAAACCUCAUGACAAAAUAGGGUAUCCUGCUCCGAGGAGGUGCCAUAGCUGUGUACAAAUACGAAGCGAUGUCUUUAUCUGUGGAGGUUAUAACGGGGAGGUGAUAUUAGCUGAUCUGUGGAAGAUCAACCUGCAGACGUUCCAGUGGAGUAAACUCCCGGCGCUGAUGCCUGAGCCAGCUUACUUCCACUGUGCUGCUGUGACUCCAGCUGGCUGCAUGUACAUCCACGGAGGUGUGGUCAACAUCCACGAGAACAGAAGGACUGGCUCUCUGUUUAAGAUCUGGCUGGCGGUGCCCAGCCUGCUGGAGUUGUGCUGGGAGAAGCUGCUGAAGGCGUUUCCACACCUGGCAUCGCUGCCCGCCGUGCAGCUCCUCAACCUGGGCCUCACGAAAGAGCUCAUCGAACGCUUGACAUAAGCCCAGCGACAGCGGCCAGUGGACACGUGAACAUGCGGGACAGGCAGAAUGUGCGACACAGCACAGAAUUCAAUGGACAGUAAAUCUCCUGCCCCUGCCCAACUUUGCCCCGCCUUUAAACCAAAAACUCAGUUGCCUUUUUGUUUUGUUUUUUGGCAAUUCAAAACCGUAUUGAGAUAAAAAAGAAAAAAACGUUUUAUGUGUUUUACUUGGCUCAACCUGCAAGCACAAUUUUUUUUUUUUUCUUUGUUGCCAUCCUUCAAACAAGAAGCUGGAAAGACUUUCACCUUGUUCUACGUUCAGUCUUCUGCUCCACUUUGGAAUAAGGUGCGGUGGAAGAACAUGGAUUUUUUUUUGUUAUAUAUAUAUAUAUUCGAGGACUAAUUUACCGUGGGAUCUUACUGUCUUCUGCACGUUGUUGCAUAUGUGUAGGCAUUUAAAAAAACAAAUAAGUAGCCACACUGGUACAAACAGGCCUAAAGAGCUACACCAGUGUUUUUGCACACUUUAGCCAAGUUCUGGUAAGUUUCAUAUACUUUAAAUUAUUGCUGCCUGUUUUCCAGUCCAUGUGCCAUGCACGUAGUCUUAUUUUUUUUGUGAACUCUUGGUGAAUUUUUGUCCUUGCAUAACUUUACAAAUAAAGGCACAUAUUCACAGUGAUUGACGAAUUUAAAUUUACAAGUGUUUUUUUAUUUUUCCUUCUACACACACUCUGCCUGGCGACUGGUGCAAAAAAAAUGUUAAUUCCAUUCUAAAAUGCUAAAAACAUUAAAUGUGGUAAACUCUGAAUGCACUAUAAAAAAUGUGAAGGCUAAAUAAUUUAGUUGCCUCUGUCUGAGCCUUUAUGUUCCUGUUUUUGAAGCUACACUGCAGCCUGGUCUGCAAAAAGCAGGUGGAAGCACAGCGGUACCUUCUCCUGGCUCGAUUGUUUUCUUUCCAUCCUGCUUGCAGUUCUUAUUGCCGGACCACGUGACAUCACUGUGAAUUUGGUGCUCUUUAAAAUUAACUUAAAAUGCUUUAAUUUGAAUGAUUACAUCCAGGAUCGGUUUUGCGGUUAUGUGUGACAGACUUGAAAACGUUUAAAUAGUUGUACUACUGCAGUGCCUUUUCCCCGUCUGAGUUUUAACAGCUGCUGAUGCAGUAGAGGCUUUGCAUGUUGACACAAGGUUCAUGUUGAUUUAAGUGUGAGGGGAAGUUUUUAUUUCACCAAAUUUCUGACUUUGAACAUCUCAAAUAAUUGCAGAUUUUAUCCUUGAUAUGAGAAUGGGAGGCAUGAUCAGGGGCGGAGCUAGGACUAAAUUUUGGGUGGUCUUUUACUGUCCAAUCAACAUGGACUUUGUAUUUCAAAACUGAAUCUUUUUCUGAUGAAACUGCUUCAUUACUUCAAAAACGUCUGUCAUCUCUAUGUUUUGGGAUACAGCCCACACUGCAGUGCAGCAUUUCAGGUUUUAAACCCAAGAACAUUUUAAAAUCUUAUGCAUCUGGUACUUUUUAAUUUAUGAUGCCAAAAUUAUGUUGCACCUUGAAGAAUGAGUGAUGUGGGUGUUUUGUGUUUUUUUUUUGUUUUUUGAGAAUGCAUGAAAUCUACCCCCACUUUCCCCCUUUAUUUGUACUUGGUGCACGGCCUUGCCAGCUCUUUAUAAGUGUGUUGUGGGUGACACACUGAACAAGUGUACAGAUGUUACAUUUAUGCCCUGUCAAUAAAAAGUAUUGUGUAAAAAUAU